CGUUUCCAGACUUCUUACCUGCCAGCGGUGAAACAUCGAGACUGCGUGUGGCUGGAUUCUGAUUUGGAAGCAGCAGUCAAAUCCCUUCUACGUCGUUGUCAUGCCCUGCUCAAGCUCAUCGCCGCGCCUCUCAAGACUCACCGUGGCAGCAAGGGUCGACCUCAAGUCUCCAAAACGCAAGUUCAGGAGUUCUAUGACCUGUCCCUGCAGUUGGCGCAGGUUGUCGGUUGUAAGCCAAUCAUGAUCAACACCGCGACAUCGGCUGAGCCCACAGACACUGAAGAUUUCUCCUCCAGUGCCGCAGAGCCCCGAUUCUGUUUACUGCCAGAACCGCAGGGCUAUGCCCAGCAUCGUCCCACCUUACCCAUCCUCGAGCUGUUGGAACAACAACUGGAUACCAACUGGCAACUGCGUAGGCGACUGCACGUUGCUAACAACAGAAUCGCCGGAAUUGCACAAGAGAUUUGUUCCAAUAAUCAACGUCUCGAAGUUGCCGGUCGACGUAUUCACGUGGAGGCCGGGAAAGACACCCUGGUGCAUGACGGGCCUCCACCUACAGCUUCGCGCGAACGUCUCUUGACUACGCCGGUACGGUCUUCUCAUCGUAUGACUCGACGAUCUGAAAUUUCGCGACUGAAGGAGCAGAUAUCUGCAGGCCACCAGCAACCUACGCCCUCCAAGGACUCGACGCAUCAACUCAAGCCUGCAGUUGCCGAGGCCCUGGAGAGCCACGGGGAAGCCACCCAUAUGCAUUUCGAUCCCGAGCAGAAGGCGGAACUUUCCGGGACUACUGCCCCCCACGAGAAAGAGGCCUCCUUGAGCAAGACGAAGCUCACCAAUGGUGGAGGCUCCUCCAGUCCUCCGGCUGUCGAAUCUGCCGCUCCCAGCCCACCACCUUCCGCACCUAGCCCCUCUUCAGCGACGCCUGUCGGAGAGGGCGGUAGCGCCAGUCGGCAACAGCCGAAGCAGAAGCAGAAGUCGCUUCUCAGGAAGGUGGCGGCUGUCUUUAAGCCUUCCUCCAGUGAAGGUACCGAGUGA